GAGUCAGGUCUACUUCUGUCGACUCUAUCUCCACAUUUGCACCGCUGCAUAGCCUUCCACAAGAACGAGGGGUCGGCGGGUGACCUUGCGCGACUUGACCGGCAGAGGUAUCAUGCAUUUAUGCGAAUCUUGUGGUUCUCUGGCGUCACUCGCCCUCGUCAGCUGCGUCCGUCGCCAAGAUGCAAACCAUCUUCAUUUGGAUCGUAUUCGAACGAGUCUAGAUUCAAAUGCACACCGCAACGGUGCCAUUGGGACCACCCAUCGACACGUGUACAGCACGUAGGCGUCCUCUGGCAGCGGAAAUGACACGGACGACGUUUGUGCUACCUUGCGAAUCAAGCUCUCGUUCUGGGAAGCCUGCAACAAACACGUCGAAGCUGUUGAAUCUCGAGUGGGACGGACGACGUCGGUCUUCCUAUGCCAGUGACUCAAGUGUCGCGAUGACCACCACCAAGCGAUCCAUCAACUCGAAAGACGCGACGACUCAGUUUACAUUUACGUUGGACAACAUCACCAUACAAAGAAGGCGGACACAGAUCGACAGGGUCUGGUCGCCAUGAUCGGCACUUCAAUCAGCGACUUCUUGUCGCCGAGGACGGCCAAGUUGGAGGUCAUCGUGGCUGUAAAAUCAAUGUCGUCCGACUCGUUC